AUGCUCCAGCUCAAUGGUACAGUCUUCCUGCCCUCAGUGCUGACACUGAUUGGGAUCCCUGGCCUGGAGUCUGUGCAGUUCUGGAUCGGCAUUCCCUUCUGUGCCAUGUACAUCAUUGCUCUGUUUGGAAAUUUCCUAAUCUUGGUCAUCAUCAAAUCUGAGCACAGCCUCCAUGAACCCAUGUAUCUCUUCCUGGCAAUGCUUGGAGUGACAGACAUUGCUCUCAGCACCUUUAUCCUACCAAAACUGUUAGGGAUAUUCUGGUUCCAUUCAGCAGAAAUAUAUUUUGAUGUCUGUCUCUUUCAGAUGUGGCUCAUCCAUACCUUCCAGUGUACUGAGUCAGGUAUUCUGCUGGCCAUGGCCUUGGACCGCUAUGUGGCAAUCCGUGAUCCUCUGAGACAUGCAGCCAUUUUUAUCCACAAACUCUUCGCUCAGAUUGGCGUUGGAGUGACACUCAGAGCAGGUGUCCUUAUAGCUCUGUGUCUCAUCCUCAUCAAAUGCCGGCUGAAACACUAUCAGACCACUGUGGUCUCCCAUUCAUUCUGUGAGCACAUGGCCAUUGUGAAGCUGGCAGCAGAAGAUACUCGAAUCAACAAGAUUUAUGGUCUUUUUGUGGCUUUCAUUAUACUUGGAUUUGACAUAAUCUUCAUCACACUCUCUUACAUUCGAAUAUUUGUAACUGUCUUCAAACUGCCUCAAAAGGAAGCUAGACUCAAAGCUUUUAACACUUGCAUUGCCCACAUUUGCGUCUUCCUUGUGUUUUAUCUCCUGGGUUUCUUCUCCUCCUUUACACACAGAUUUGGGUUCCAUAUUCCAUCUUACAUUCACAUUCUUCUGUCCAAUCUUUACCUGCUCAUUCCACCUUUUCUCAAUCCUAUUGUUUAUGGUGUAAAGACCAAACAGAUUCGAGAUCGAGUGUUCAAGAUUUUUCACUUGAAGGAUGCAUCUUGAGCUCUCAUCUAUCUUAUUUCAAAUAAUACAAAUUCAGCCUGAGAAACACUAAUUUUUAAUGUGAUUGUUUGCUUUCUUAUUUUCAUUUGUUUCCUGAAAUAGAGAGCUCUAGAUUUUACAUUUGCAACACUGAAGCUCUGAUUCCUAUUCAAAUAGUUUCACUUGUAUGGAUACAGAAUUACUUGGAGCAUACAUUUAGCCAGUAGAUACCACAAAAGAAGAACUUAUGAAGACUUUGUUUUUAAUUAAAUAAAAUUUUAAGGACUUCUUUUAAAAGUGCAACUAAAUAUUAAUACUUUUUUGCUUCUCCUGUUUAAAAAUAUGAAGUGGCAUCAAUGCUACUAUGUA